GUGACAGUACAGGCCAAAAUGCUGUCAGGCUGGUGGUGGCCAAGUACUUGGGGAAGUCUAGGGCUGGGGCCCCGAAACACUUCUCGGGGAUGCCAGCUCUGUGCCCUCUAUGCCUUCACUUAUACUGCGGCAGAUGGUCGGCAGGUGUCUCUGGCUGAAGGGGACAGAUUCCUACUGCUUCGAAAGACCAACUCAGACUGGUGGCUGGUGAGGCGCCUGGGAGCAUCCUCCACCUCUCGACCCAUCUUUGUCCCAGCUGCCUACGUGACAGAGGAAUCUAUCCCUUCCCAGAGACCAACCACCCCUACCCCCAGCCAAUCCCUGUGGACUCUUGGACCAAAAUUGUUUCUUGGCUCAUUGGAGAAGCAGCAACUGUCUCAGGCAACCCCAGGCAGAGCCCACGCUACAUCUCAGCAGCCUCGUCCUCUUCAUCCCAAAAUGUGUAGAAGUAUUAGUGUUACCAACUUGAAGCCCACCCUCCUGAAGCCCUUCCAGGAAGGACCACGUGGAAGAUCUUUCUCCCAGGAAGACUUGCUGACAGAGGCCAGUGCCAACGUGGCAGGACCCCAGCCCCUCAUGUCAGAGGCCCCUGUGUACUGCAACUUGGUGGACCUUCGCAGCUGUCCCCGGUCCCCGCCCCCAAGCCCUGCAUGCCCCCCUCUGCAGAGGCUGGACGCCUGGGAACAGCACCUGGACCCCAACUCCGGACGCUGCUUCUACAUAAACCCGCUGACUGGCUGCAAGUCCUGGAAGCCCCCACGCCGCACUCGCACCCGAGAGACGAACCCUGGCUCCAUGGAGGGGACACAGACCCUGAAGAGGGACAACGGUGUCCUGCAAUCUCAAGCAGAGGGCUCAGAAUCUGACACAGGGACCCCAGAACUGCUCGACCCUCAGGGUUCACCCUGCCUCUGCCAACGCACCUCCCAGCUCGACUCCUCAGAGGAGCCUUCAGCCUGGCAGCCCCCUCGGCCUCUGCCGCAGGUCCUGGACGACCCCCAUGAGGUGGAAAAGUCGGGCCCGCUCAACAUGACUAAGAUCGCCCAGGGGGGGCGCAAGCUCAGGAAGAACUGGGGCUCAUCGUGGGUGGUGUUAGCGGGUAACAGCCUGAUGUUUUACCGAGAGCCACCGCCGACCGCGCCCUCCUCAGCCUGGGGACCAGCGGGUAGCCGACCCGAAAGCAGUGUGGACCUGCGCGGGGCGGCCCUGGCCCACGGCCGGCACCUGUCCAGCCGCCGCAACGUCCUGCACAUUCGAACGGUCCCUGGCCAUGAGUUCCUGUUGCAGUCAGACCACGAGACCGAGCUGCGGGCAUGGCAUCGCGCGCUGCGGGCGGUCAUUGAGCACCAGGUGUUCGGCUGCCAGUUGGAAUCACUGUGCCAGCGGGAAGGGGACACUGUGCCCAGCUUUGUGCGGCUCUGCAUUGCUGCUGUGGAUAAAAGAGGUCUAGAUGUAGAUGGCAUUUACCGGGUGAGCGGGAACUUGGCAGUCGUCCAGAAACUUCGCUUCCUGGUGGACAGAGAGCGGGCGGUCACCUCAGAUGGGAGGUACCUGUUCCCAGAACAACCAGGACAAGAAGGCCGGUUAGAUUUGGACAGUGCUGAGUGGGAUGACAUUCAUGUGGUCACUGGAGCCCUGAAGCUUUUUCUCAGGGAGCUACCCCAGCCUCUGGUACCCCCACUGCUGCUGCCCCAUUUUCGUGCUGCCCUUGCACUCUCCGAACCAGAGCAGCGCCUCUCUCAAAUACGAGAAUUAAUAGCCUCAAUGCCAAAGCCCAACUAUGACACUCUGAGGUACCUCCUGGAGCAUUUAUGCAGGGUGAUAGCACACUCAGAAAAGAACCGCAUGACGCCCCACAACCUAGGAAUUGUGUUUGGACCAACACUUUUUCGGCCAGAGCAGGAGACAUCUGACCCAGCAGCCCAUGCCCUCUACCCUGGGCAGCUAGUCCAGUUGAUACUCACCGACUUCGCCAGCCUCUUCUGACUGGGGCAAGGAAGAAGACAAAAUGUAUUUCUAGUGGUCUCUGUUGGGUACUCUUUGAUGAUGUGGCGUUGGGGGUUGUUCUGAGGAUAUCCCUUUAAACCAUGUCUCUUAAA